AUGGCCGCAGCCAGCAGCACCGAGCACCUUGGCUGGUUUGCUCCGGGCUCGUCCCAGCCGGCUGCCGGGGAAGCGGAGAUGAGCGGGGACUUGUCACCGGUGAUCGGCGGGUCUCCGGCAGCUUGCGAGAGCGUGGCUGGUUUAGGGAAAUUCACUCAGGUUCUGGAGCUGAACGGGGUGAAUGUGGAAGGAGCAACACACAAGCAAGUGGUGGACCUGAUUCGCGCCGGGGAGAAGGAGUUAAUUCUGACGGUGUUGUCUGUGCCUCCGCACGAGGCAGACAAUCUCGAUCCGAGCGAUGACUCUUUGGGGCAGUCAUUCUACGACUACACGGAAAAACAAGCGGUGCCCAUCUCCAUCCCCACGUACAAGCACGUGGAGCAGAACGGCGAGAAGUUCGUGGUCUACAACGUUUACAUGGCGGGCCGCCAGCUCUGCUCGAAGCGGUACCGGGAGUUUGCCAUCCUGCACCAGAACCUGAAGCGGGAGUUUGCCAACUUCACUUUUCCACGUCUGCCAGGGAAAUGGCCGUUCUCUUUGUCGGAGCAGCAGCUGGACGCCCGGCGGCGAGGGCUGGAGGAGUACCUGGAGAAAGUGUGCUCGAUACGCGUCAUCGGGGAGAGCGACAUCAUGCAGGAGUUCCUGUCGGAGUCGGACGAGAAUUACAACGGCGUCUCGGACGUGGAGCUCCGAGUAGCGUUACCAGAUAUAACAACAGUCACGGUCAGAGUCAAAAAGAACAGCACUACAGACCAGGUGUACCAGGCUGUGGCUGCGAAAGUCGGAAUGGACAGUAUUACCGCAAACUACUUCGCCUUGUUUGAAGUGAUCAAUCACUCCUUUGUGCGCAAACUGGCACCCAAUGAAUUCCCCCACAAACUCUACGUGCAGAACUACACCUCGGCAGUGCCGGGAACGUGUCUGACCAUCCGAAAAUGGCUCUUCACUACAGAGGAGGAGGUUCUUCUCAACGACAACGACCUGGCAGUCACCUACUUCUUCCAUCAGGCUGUUGAUGAUGUCAAGAAAGGCUACAUCAAAGCAGAGGAGAAGUCCUACCAGUUACAGAAGCUGUGCGAGCAGAGGAAGAUGGUCAUGUAUUUAAACAUGUUGCGGACGUGCGAGGGUUACAACGAGAUCAGCUUCCCCCAUUGCUCGUGUGACUCUCGGCGGAAGGGACAUGUCAUCACAGCCAUCAGCAUUAAGCACUUUAAACUCCACGCCUGCACCGAGGAGGGCCAGCUGGAGGUGGAGGAGGAGGCAGCAGACACGGAUAACGAGAACUGCAGUAAAGACAAUGUGUGCAGCAAG